AGUUGCACUGCUGAUCCCGGUGCUCCGUCUGCCCAUGCUGCACUCCGGCUCUCCGCUUUCCACGGGAGCCUCAACUCGCACCUCUCCAACACAAAGAGAGUAGUGUUUACCGAGACUUCCAGCGCAGCCAAUCACCGCGCCGUCGCCCCUGGUAACCACGUCCAUCAUCUUCCGACAGUCCAAUGAGCGGCGGUGGGCGUGUCGGAGUCCAGGUGCGCCUCGGCGUCCACUUGGCAGAGCGCCUGAGAGCCGCCUGUGGGCAGGAGAGGAUCUGUCAAAUGCGAGCUUCCUUUAAUGCGAGCGACCAGUCCGGCUCCGAGAGUCAUGGCGACCGCAGCGUCUAACCACUACAACAUCCUCACCUCCAGCGCCUCCAUCGUGCACUCGGAGCCCGGCAGCAUGCAGCAAGCCGCGGCGUACCGGGACGCGCAGAGCCUGUUGCAGAGCGACUACCCGCUGCAGAGCAACACACACACGCUCAGCCACGCGCACCAGUGGAUCACGGCGCUGUCCCACGGAGAAGCAGCCCCGUGGUCCUCCAGCCCGCUCGGACAGGAGCAGGACAUCAAACCCGCGGUGCAGGUGGUGCAGGGCACCCGGGACGAGAUGCAUAACUCCAGCAGCAACCUGCAGCACCAGCAGGCGCGGCCGCCGCCUCACCUGGUGCACCAGACGCACGGGAACCACCACGACGGCCGGGCGUGGAGGACCGGCACCGCGGCGCACAUCCCGAGCAUGGCCACGACGAACGGCCAAAGCCUUAUCUACUCGCAGCCGGGCGGCUUCAGCGUCAACGGGCUGCUGCCGGGCACCGCGCAGGGCAUGCACCACCACAACCUCAGAGACAGCCACGAAGAGCACCACAGCCCGCACCUCAGCGACCACGGACACCCGGCCGCCCAGCACCAGCACCAGCACCGGUCGCAGAGCCACCACGACCACUCGGACGAGGACACGCCGACCUCGGACGACCUGGAGCAGUUCGCCAAGCAGUUCAAGCAGCGGAGGAUCAAGCUGGGCUUCACGCAGGCGGACGUGGGCUUAGCUCUGGGGACCCUGUACGGAAAUGUGUUUUCCCAGACCACCAUAUGCAGGUUUGAGGCCCUGCAGCUCAGCUUCAAGAACAUGUGUAAGCUGAAGCCUCUGUUGAACAAGUGGUUGGAGGAGGCGGACUCCACCUCGGGCAGCCCGACCAGCCUGGACAAGAUCGCGGCGCAGGGCAGGAAACGGAAAAAACGGACCUCCAUCGAGGUGAGCGUCAAGGGGGCUCUGGAGAGCCAUUUUUUGAAGAGUCCUAAACCGGCAGCUUCGGAAAUAAUCGGCCUGGCGGACAGUCUGCACCUGGAGAAAGAAGUGGUGCGGGUUUGGUUUUGUAACAGGAGACAGAAGGAGAAACGCAUGACCCCUCCAGGAGGAGCUCUGCCGGGCAGCGAGGAUGUGUACGGGGACACGCCGCCGCACCACGGGGUCCAGACUCCGGUCCAAUGAACUCUGCUGGACCUGGACCGGACACAUCCUCCAGGACAUCUUUAUCCUUUUUAUUUAUCCCCAAGGUUAUAUAUAAAUCACUGAACUAUGACACGCUAUAGCGGGUGUUUUAUGUAUAAUAGAUUGCAGUGAGUACUUCCACAAUAUCUGCAGUGAAUCUCUGAGAAAUGGAGAAUGAGUGAGGAGUGAGGACAGACAGGACACAUUUUGUUGUUUUCUUCCUCUCCCAGAGCUAAAGGAACAUAAGCCUGUGUUGUUGUGUUCUCCGAGGAUACAUGCCCAGCACUGUGACUCCAGUCGACGCAGUUUCAAGGUGUAGCCCCUAUUGUGUAUUGAAAUUAUACUUGACGAAUAAAAAAGAAAGAGGGAGUGGAGGAGGGAGACCUGGUUUUAGACGAGAAGCUCAAUGGUUUCUAUUCGAUACUUUUAUAUAUCAAAUCACAAAAACAUUUUUUUUUCCUGUGCGUAAAAGGGAAAGCAAAUACAAAGGCGUUUAGUUUUGUAGCCCCUAAAUUGUGCGUCCAGCAGUGAUGGGUGGGUGGGUGGUGCAGGGUGGUGGGGUGUCAAAGGAGCUGUGUUGAUGGAGUAAACUGGAGGCCAGUAGAGGCUGCAGACCCAGGCCAGUGGAGUCCAGUGGAGUCCAGCUGAGGCUGAGCAUCGCCUGAGUCCCAUCUGUCAGCCAGGCAGCACAGACACAGAGCCGCUUUGCAUUCAAAGCACUGCUGGGAAACUGCAGGCCAUUCAGCGCUUAUUUAUUCUGCGAGGACAGAGGUCAGGAUUUAGUUAUGAACACAGAUUAUAUAUAAUUUUUAUUAUUAUCAUUUGUAUUAUUACAUGUGUGCAGCUCACUGGCUACACUCUUCAAUAAUUGACCUGGGUGCAGGGAUGUGGUUAAUAGAAAAAAAAAGUGUAUGACCUCUAUCUAUCAUAAGUCAGGCAGCAGUAUAAACAAUUAUAUUUUUCACAAAACAAGCGUUAAAUAAUAAUAUUCCUCCUCCUCCCUCUCAGAGAGUCUCCCAGCUUCAGGAAGGGCUCCGUGGCGAUUGAUUGGAUUAUCUGGCACUUUUCCACAACAGGAUGGGCUAUAGAUAUAUAGAUAUCUACACAAAUAUAUGUCACCAACUCUCACAGAACAUUUGGAUCCACUUUUGUAAAUAUUGUAUAACUUUAAAAAGUCAUGGCUUCAUCCCUUUUUUUCUUCUUUCUUCACUGGGGCACUUUUUUGGAUUGAUGUUUUCAAAAACAAACCGUUUUUUUAAAAAAAGAUCCAGUCUCAUUCAUAUAGCCUACCUACUGCCUUGUAUUUGUGUGCUAUUUAACGUUCAUUUUGUUGCCGAAAUUAUGCUCGUUUACUGGUUUAUUUGUUUUAUUUUUUUGUGGCGCAUUUUAUUUUAGGUCUAAAGAUUUUUUUUUUUUUAUUAAUGUAAAAUCAAUUUAAUUUGUUUAAACUGUCUGAGGAGUUCUGUUUUGCCAUUUUCUGUCCGCUUUGAAAUUACGUUAUAUUGUGUUUUCAAUCACAAUAUAGUGCUUUGAAUUCAGAUUAAUCGAUAACACUAUUGUAGAGAAUUGUCCACAAUGAAUCAGACCUAUAGAGAGGAUAAAAACGCAAAUAAUGAUCAGUGUUUGAAAAGAAAAAUAAUAAUAAUAAUAAUAAGGCCUUUAUAGAUUUCCCAGAAAACAUUUUUAGUGACAUUCCAAAAAUUGCAGCAUAUGAUCAAAAUUAUUAUUAUUAUUAUUAUUAUUAUUAUUAUUAUUAUUAUUCUUCACAAGGUGUUAUUUUAAUUUGUUUGUGAGGUCGUUGCCAUGCAUUUCAUUUCAGCCAUUUUGUUCAUCUUCGUCUAUGUUGCUUUAUUACAAAGGGGGAAAUUGCUCGUAGACAUUUUAUUUUAUUUUUUAGUAUUGUUAAUGAGAUUGUAAUUUAUUAUACAAUGGCUUUUAUAGAUGACACACAAAGUGCGAGAUAUAUAUGAAAUGACACCGAGAAGGCUUUUGUUUUGUAGGGAAGAAGAGAGACAUAUUUUUGGUUUUGUUCAGCGGGAUUGCCACAGCAGCCUAGAACCGUCACAGCUAAAUGUAUAUACAUCUUUUCUCCGUGCAGUAGCUUUCUUUUUCGUUUUAUGCAAAAACAGAUAUCCAGGGACUUGUUUUAUUUUAACGGCUAUUCUUUUCUUUAUUCCCUCCUCCUGAUUUAUGUUUCUCCUGCAGAAAAAACAACAACAUGAAAUAUUUCCUCAGUAGCUUUAAUGAAUCGAUCCAACUCAUAAUUCACUGGAAAAUCCAAGUUGUGGGAUGUAGACCUGUAGCAAUCCGACGCUGUUUUCUUGUUGUUUUUCUUUAAUUGCUUGUUAAACCAGUCGUUUGGUUCUUUUGGGGGGAUAUUUGAGGCUCUGUCAUAUUCACUGGAUGAACUUGGGCUAGAUAAAGCAGAGGUGAUAAAUGCCUGUAGGUGUUUCAUCUCUUGACACACGAACAACGGACUUGCACAUUUUUAAAUAAUGGGGUUGAUAUUAAACAGCUUUUUUCCAACGUCGA